AUGGCCUCCAGCAUUUUUCUGCUGCUAUGCGUUGUGACUUUAGUGGAACAGUCCUGUGGCCUCCCUUUACCUUACAAGGCUGGUAAGACGUUUACUUCGCAUUUCUACCAGUUUUUUUUAGAAUUUCAACGUCUUCGCUACUUCUAACGGUAUUUGUGGAAAAAAUAUUUCUUAACACAGCUAAGUGACUCACACUCCCAUAGUUUAGGCUCGUUGUUUUCUUGCCAAUUUUUGCACUUAUUUUCGACAAUUUUUACCCCGCAUAGUUUAAAAUGGUUCAUGUGAUAAUGAGUAAUGUAUGACUAAGAUGAUCCCAAAAUAAUGAUCCAGCGAACUUUCCACAUAACGGUCAAUAACGGAAACUUUUACGUGUUCCCUUCAAAAAUAGCUUUUUCUUUAGAAUAACAAUUUAUUGCUUAGCGAUACGAUUCCAAGAGAAAACCACAAAAUUAUCUGAAUCGAUUAUUAUUUGAAUUUAAUAUAUUUGAACUGCUGAGAAACAAAGGGAAGAUCAUUACAUAAAGAAAACCUGAAAAAAAAAAAACAGGCUUCCUGGGAUGCUGACCUCUGCGAUACCGGGGUAGCGCUCUCUAACCAACUGAAGUAGCAAUUCAGCAGGGAGCUGGUCAUUAAAUUCUUGGUUCAUAAUAUUUUCGGGGAACUGAUGAAGAUCAGUGAAAUGAUGAAUAUAUAUAUACGAGUUAUCGGACAUAGCUACAAUUCUCUAACAUACCUUUCAAUAGCGGCAAAAAUGGUGUUCAUCGAGUAAAUCACGGAAUGGUUUACUCAUGAAAUAUUUUCAACGCAUUUUCCAGCCGGUGAGAAGACCAUAAAAGAGAAGUACCAUGUGGCUGGAGCAGGGAACACAGCAAAUUCGAGCUUCAAGGAUUUGACUGGGAUAGCAGUUGAAAGCGUAUAUGGUCAUUUAGAAACUGGUAAGCUAAAUCCCUGUUAUAUUUUGGUAUAAAGAAUGUUCUUAGUGUGUAAGCCACAUUUCUGAAGAUGGGUAGUUGCAGAGGGAGAUGAAGAAAACGAACUUCAAGAAGGUGUUGUCUGCGAACGGGCAAUACAGUAUCAAAAUGCCCUAUAAGUGUUAUAUAAGAAAUUGGAUUGGUACCAGAAUUUUAGCCAUUACCGUUUUUAGAAAGAUUUUCUCAACCAAUGAAAGAGAAAAAUGUCAAGAACUGUCACAAACGAUGCGAAGAUGGACUAACUUUUUAAAAGCUUUUCUUAGGUUGGGGUGAAAAGAGAAUGUUAUAAUUAUCAAGCGUGCCCUUGCAUUGCAUUAGCAGAUGAAAAUGUGAUUUGUCACAAACAAUGUGAUGUAGGACUAACUUUUUAAAAGUUUCCCUAAGGGUAUCCUUAAAGAAAAUAUUAUUAUCAGUAAGCAUGCCCUUACGCUUUCCUAGCAAAUACAAUGUUAGGUUCAGGGUCCAAUGUCGAGUAAUUUGUAGCAUCUGGGUUGGUCGGAAAUGACUCCAGUGCCGAUGGCUGCUCAUACAAAGCUUGUUAAUCAACCACUUACAAUACAAAUACAGAGGUUGACCGAUCGAUGCGUUUGGUUCGAUCUGUUUAUUAAUCGCUUAAUGCCAGCCUCAGCCGCGAAUCGAAAUUGUUAUUUUGAAGAAGCCAGAUGAAAAUAUUUAUUCAAGUAAUUUUGCUGAAAGGUUUAAAUCAAAAAAGCAAUAAAUAGGAAAUAAAAGAAAAAUAAAUAAUGAAAAGGAAGGGAAACUCUAUAGUAGCGUUAUCGGCUUUUGAUAAAUAGUGUGCUAAUAUUCCACUGCAAAUCUUGCGAUCUUUUUGGCCGAACCAUUCACUAUAUCCAUGGAAAAGUCGAUAUAAAUGAUUUUUUUUAAAUGGCGGAUGGGGGUAAAUAAGUUUUUCGCUUAGCUAAUAAGAGGGGAUUUAUAAACAUUGAGUUGCCGGAUUUCCAACACACUACUAUUCUAAAAUCAAAGUUCUGAUAAGUAAAAUAGAUCAGAGCACGUUAUCUUCUUUCCUCAGAGAUUUCAGUCCUCACGUGUUUGAGUAACAAAGAGGUUAAAGGGAGCAUUGAAGGAAGGCAGAAAAAAAAUAUAGCAAAGAAUUAUUUUAUCAAUUUUUCACCCAGCAGAAGCGAACUAGAGUUUAAAACGCUAUCAGCGUGGGAUCAGUUACACAUAUUAGAUUAACUUUAAACCUGAGCUGACCUUAACACGAAACAUUCUAAGGCGUAUUUUCAUACUGCCCAAUGGCAUUUGAACAAUAAGUGCUUAUAUUUACCGGAAAAUAAAUACACCGAAGACAUGCUUUUGCAGAAUUUUUGAGCAGUUUACUAAGAAGCUAGAAGGUCAAAGUCUUGAUUUUUAAUCUCUAUCGGCUAUGAUUAGCUGCCUCCUUACAAGGGCCUCGAACGUAAUCAAAUAUCAACCCUAUCGAAAUCUUGAGUUCAUCUUCUAGUUGUUAAAUAUUACUACUGGAUAAUAACAUCAUAUAAUAAAAAGCUUUAUUUUAACAGUAGUUUAUACUAGUUAUAAAGCAGAUUUAUUCAGAGGUCGCUUUAAUUGUGAAAGAUUUAAAACUUCGCUUAUACUAAGCGAAAGAAAACGGCGGCGACUUCUCGGAUAUAAACAAAAUCAAAAACAACAACAGCACAGCAUGAAACGUUUUUUCUAUGUCAAUAUUGGUUCGAUAACUGUCAUAGUCAAAUCUUUUUGGUAAAGUUAGGCCCGCCGGUUCAAACACCGAACUGUUCAUGAGCUGAACCUAAUUCGAAUGAAAGCCGACCCAAAUUGCUCAGACCGGCUGAAUUGAUUCAGAUGCCGAUCUUCAUUCCAGCUAAACUUUAAAAAGGAGAAAUAAUGAUUGUUUGGUCAAAUGUUUUGCGGAAUACGUCAUAAAAAUUGAUGGAUUAGGUUCGGAACAUGAGAAGGGUCGGUGUCUGCAUUAAAGCCAUUCCAGUGUUGCUUCAAAGAAGAAAUUGCCGAUCUUUCCACUGUUGAAAUAGGCGUUCCUUAUUGAUUCAAACACCGAACGUUUCAUGUAUAUGAAACCGGGCCUUAGUUAACCUUCCUUGGUUGUUCAUAGUUAAUCGAGGACAUUGAUUAUAAAAGGUCCAGUUUAUGUUGGAAGCUUGUUAACGGUACACAAUCCUUAAAUUCUACUAAACGUUCUGCACUUUCUAAGAAGAAGUCUGACGGGCUUCUUAGCCAUUCCACUCUGUUAACUAUACUUCAAAUGGUUGAAGCAACAGGGAACAUCGUUAAAGGGUGAACAUUUCAGAUUUAGUUACAAUAAAAAGUCUGCAAGUGUUCUUAUUAUGUUGGAUCAACACAUUUCCUAGUGUUUCAAUUCAUGGUCGGUAUAUCAGAAAAAAAAACACACACACGGAGAUACAAUUUGCGCUUCUUCGCUUUCUGGAUCAUAACCAACGCUGCAUUCAAACUGUCGGGCAUCCAAACUAUACUAACACUGGAAUAGAAAAACCACACAGGCACACACACAAAAACAAAUACACUGAGCAAAUACACUUUUAUGUGGGGGGUAGGGGGCAGGGGCUGCGGGAGCCCGGGAGAAAAGGGGGUGGGAGGGGUACGGGAGACGGGAGAAGAAAGGGCGGCAAGCGCAAGAGAAAUUCAAAAAUGCGAGCUUUCGUUAUUUGUUACUGCUUACAUCCAGUCAAAGAAACGAACCCAACAACGUUUUUCGACUUCUAUUUAACAUUCUCCGAGGCUUAAAGAAAAAUUUCAUAGGCGAGAAAAGUCAAAAAACGAAAAUUCGUAAUCGGGAUAAAAAAAAAAAAACACCAUUACUUCCAGUGAAAUUGGAAACCUUUCCAAGUCGCUUACAUCAUAGUUCAUGAAUGAGAUGGCAUGACAAUGUAGGCGUGUGUCGACUGUGUCAGUCGUGUCAGUGUCUCUUCGGUCUCGCUAGCUUUCGAAAUUCUCCGUAAGAACGACAAAUCGAGUCAGGUAAAAUGUCGUCAAAGACCAUUUUGAUCGAUCUCAGUAUUUUUGGGUGUGGCGGGGAAAAAUCCGUCCAUGGAAGACCUUACUAGAGUUCGCUCCGUACGACUGUAGUUCACAAAACACUGAAGAUUUUGCUGCGUGGUGCAAACUUGAGUCGAAGGAAUGCCGCUUCAAUGAUCGCGCUGGAGAGUGCGGAGUGGUUCGAUUUACAACACAAUUUUUUUAUUUUACAAUUUUAAGGCCAAAGCACUCCCUAUUGGAAUCGGGAGUCAAACAGAAAACACAAUAAAGGGCGGGAGUCGGGAGACAAAGGGACAAAAAAGUACGGGAAGCAGGAGAACGGGGUACGGGAAGCGGGAGAUUGUGACCUCCCCGUCCUUCCCCCUUUUAUUGAUGGGCGCAUUCUUGUUAUAAAGUCAUUUGCACAAAACGACAGAGUUGAAAUUACAUGUCGUUUACUAUAAAAUAAAUAAAUGUAGUAUGGAAAUUCCCAUAAUUUGCUCCGCCUUCAUCGCUAUGCAAUCAUCUAUAAUCCAUGAUACUUAAUUAUGAAGCUUUAACCAAUUCAGCCAAAAUAUUUCCAACUUACUACUUUUUGAUUUCCUAUGAGUAAGGUAUAAGUAAGGUAACAGUGAGACAAUUUUUUGCUCCAAGUUAUUUUUAACAAUUAUUCGCCGAAGGAGAAGUUAAUGUUGUUGAAUAAUCCCCGAGACAAAAUCGAGGGGAUUAUUAAAAAAUAUUAACUGAGUUUCAGGUGAAUAAUUAUUUUAGUAUAUACACACGAAGUGAUCUCAGCAGAAUCGGAAAGGAAAUCAUUAAAAAAAAAACGAUUACUUUGAUUGACUGGUGAAUUCAUGCGUGAACAUGUGGCUGUAUAAAACAGUAGAUGCGCAAAAGUUAGAUCUGUACAGUAUCUUUAAACAAGAAAAAUUAUAGUUUUAAUCUUUUUCUAAGCUUUAGCAUCAGUGGUUUAAAAGAAAACUAUUCUGUUCUAUUAAAUGACUAUUUCUUCUGAGAAGAAACGCAGAGCUUUAUUUGCGUCCGUCAACUCACCUUGAAUGAGAAUUUUUUUGUCGCUUCUUGCGAAUGCUUUGAAUAGCGGCCACGACCGAGGUUACUGUUGCUUAUCUGAAGUGUUCUUUGCCUUGUUAACUUGUUGGCGCUGAGCAAAAUUUUCGAAAAUGUUUUCUUCCAUUUCUCGCCAUAAAUAAACUGCUAUUUAUAGGCGAAUCUGGUCUUGUAAGGAAAUCCCGAGCUCACAAUACAGUGACAAAGCAGUCUCGUUAAUUUUGCUCUGUAGUGGUAAACAUUGCUUCGAGAGUAUAAAAAGUCAGCUGCAGUAGAUUACUUCACAAUGAAUCGCGCUGUUCAAACACUAUGAAGUCCUUUUUUACCUUCAGAAUCAGCAACACUAGGAUAUUCCUGUAUUUUACUCUAAAACUUUGGCAAAACAUCCAGUUUUAAUACGACAGCGAUUUUGUUUUGCUUUAUAUUCACCGCCUAGCGCGGUGAAUAUUUAACAAUUAUUCCUCGAGCCCCAAUGGGCUCUGAGUCAAUAGCCCAUGAGGCCGAAUGGGCUAUUGACUCAGAGGCCAUGAGGGCGAGAGGAAUGAUUGUUUUAGUAAAAUCCAACUAGUUGGUCAAAAAUAUCGGGAAAAAAAAUUUUUGAGCUAGUUAAAGCUAGACUUUAAUCCUUUCUUGCCGCAAAAAGGUAGUGGGCUAUAACAUAUUAGUAAAAUCCAACUAGUGGGCUAUUUUCAAUGUUGCGUUCUGAUUGGUUGAGUUACUACUAGGCUAUAUGUUGUAGCCUACUAGUAGCGAAAAGCGCGCGCUUUUUGGCGGCAAUAAACGAUUAAUUCUAGCUUUAAGUAGCUAAAAUUCUUUUAUUCCUUCGGCCUCACGGGCUAUUGACUCAGAGCCCAUUCGGGCUCGAGGAAUAAUUGUUAAUAACCUAGUAGUAGCUCAACCAAUCAGAACGUAGCGUUGAUAACAGACCACUAGUUGGAUUUUACUAAAACGUCAUAGUUCGAGAUAGCGAACCAAUCAGAUUGCUUGAAUAACCAAGAUCACUGAGUGUGUAUAUACUAAAAAACCUAAACGUUAAAACAUCAACAACAAAAAAAUCAAAGAUUAUAUACAAACACGUUAAAAAAAUUAAAAAUGUAUUUUUUAGGGAAAUUAUAUACAGAAAACGAAGACGAGGAUGCUGCUGUUGAGAACGGAGAAGAUGAUGACGAAAGCAGCGAGGAUAGUGGUGACGAGGACGAUGGCGAUGAUGAUGACAGCGGUGAUGAUGAUGACGAUGGUGAUAAUGACGAUAGCGGAGAUAAUGAUGAUGAAGACGACAGUGGUGAUAAUAAUGAUGAUGAGGAUGACAGUGGAGAUGAUGAUGACGACAGCGGAGAUGAUGAUGAUGACGAUGAGGAGGGAGACGACAGUGGAGAUGUUGAUGACGACGAUGAUGAAGACGACAGCGGAGAUGAUGAUGGUGAUGACGAUGAUGGUGAUGACGACGACGAUGACAGCGGUGAUGAUGUUAAUGAAGACGAGGACAGUGGUGAUGGUGAUGACGAUGAUGAUGGCGACGACGACAGCGGAGAUGAUGACGACGAUGAUGAUAGCGACGACGACAGCGGUGAUGAUGAUGACGACGAUGAUGAAGACGACAGCGGUGAUGAUGAUGACGAUGAUGAUGGGGAUGAUAGCGGUGAUGAUGAUGACGAAGACGACAGCGGUGAUGAUGAUGAUGAUGACGAUGACGACGACGACAGCGGUGAUGAUGACGAUGAUGAAGACGACAGCGGAGAUGAUGAUGGUGAUGAUGAUGAUGACGACGACAGCGGUGAUGAUGAUGAUGAUGAUGAGGAUGAUAGCGGAGAUGAUGAUGACGAUGACGACGACGACGACAGCGGUGAUGAUGACGAUGAUGAUGAAGACGACAGCGGAGAUGAUGAUGACAAUGAGGAUAGCGACGACGACAGCGGUGAUGAUGACGAUGAUGAUGACGACGAUGACAGCGGUGAUGAUGAUGACGAUGAUGAUGAGGACGAUAGUGGUGAUGAUGAUGACGAUGAUGAUGAGGACGAUAGUGGUGAUGAUGAUGACGAAGACGAUAGCGAUGAUGAUGAUGAUAAUGACGAUGACGACGACGACGACGACGACGACGACGACAGCGGUGAUGAUGACGAUGAUGAUGAAGACGACAGCGGAGAUGAUGAUGGUGAUGAUGAUGACGACGACGACAGUGGUGAUGAUGAGGAUGAUGAUGAUAAUGACGAUAGCGGAGAUGAUGAUGAUAAUGAUGAUGAAGACGACAGUGGUGAUGAUGAUGAUGACGACGACGACGACAGCGGUGAUGAUGACGAUGAUGAUGAAGACGACAGCGGAGAUGAUGAUGGCGAUAAUGAUAGCGACGACGACAGUGGUGAUGAUGAUGAUGAUGAUGACGACGAUGACAGCGGUGAUGAUGAUAACGGUGAUGAUGCGGACGAUAGCGGUGAUGAUGAUGACGAAGACGAUAGCGGUGAUGAUGAUGAUGACGAUGACGACGACGAUGACGACGACAGCGGUGAUGAUGACGUUGAUGAUGAAGACGACAGCGGAGAUGAUGAUGAUGACGACGACAGUGGUGAUGAUGAGGAUGAUGAUGAUGAUGACGAUAGCGGAGAUGAUGAUGAUGAUAAUGAAGACGACAGUGGUGAUGAUGAUGAUGAUGAUGAUGAUGAUGAUGAUGACGACGACGACAGCGGUGAUAUUGAUGCAGACGAUGAUGACGGAGACGACAGUGGAGAUGAGGAAGACGACGACGACGACAGCGGUGAUGAUGAUGAUGAUGACGACGAUAGCGGAGAUGAUGAUGACGAUGACAGCGAAGAUGAUAUUGAUGAUGAUGUUAACGACGACAGCGGUGAUGAUGAUGACGAUGGUGAUGAAGGCGACAGUGGUGAUGACGAUGAUGACGAUAGCGGUGAUGAUGAUGAUGAUGAUGAUGAUGACGAUGGUGAUGAAGGCGACAGUGGUGAUGACGAUGACGACGACAGCGGAGAUGAUGAUGACGAUGAUGAUGACGACGAUGAUGAUGGAGACGACGACAGCGGUGAUGAUGAUGACCAUGAGGGUGACGAUAGCGCAGAUGAUGACGAUGAUGAUGAAGACGACAGCGGCGAUGAUGAUGAUGAUGAUGACGACGACGAUAGCGGAGAUGAUAAUGACGAUGAUGAUGGCGACGUCGAGAGCGGUGAUGAUGACGGCGAUGACGAUGAAGAAGACAGUGGCGAUGAUGAUGGUGAUGACGGAGUUGACGACAACGGAGAUGAUAAUGGCGAGGAAGGAGAUGAUGACGACAGCGGUGAUGACAAUGAUGAU